AUGAACGACUCAACCCCCCCUCCAGAAAUGUCCGCCUUCACCCGCCCCCUCACCAAGCCCCAACGCAUGACCUACCGCAUCGGCCGCGGCGAAACCCUCGUCCUAACCUUCGAGCCCUACAAAUCCGAAAUCCUGCCGCUCUGGCGCUUCCGCACGCCCGCUAUCGCCCGUGAAUCCUCGCGCGCCAUCUUCGCCAAGUUUCUGCAGUAUGAGCGCGAGAAUGACUUCAUUGGCAUGGAUAUGAGCAGGAAGUUUUUGCAGAUGGGGAUGACGCGCGCGAAGAGGGUUGAUGGGGAUGGGGAGGGUGGAGGGAAGAGGAAGGUGGAGUUGGAAAAGUGUGAAAUGGGGGAGAAGGAGAGGGAGAAGGAGGAGUGUAGUUUGAUUUUUAGGGGGGUUUGGGAGAGGGCGAAGGCGUGUGGGGGGUAUAUGGAGGGGAAGGAGAGGUUUUUGAAGGAGCAGAAGGAAUGGGAUAGGGAGAUGAAGAAAUUGAAGAAGAUGAAGAAGGAGGAGGAGGAGAAGGUGGAGGGAGAUGACGUGAAGGUUGAGGAGGUGGAGGAUGAAGUUAACGCCAAGUCAGAGUCUGAAGGUGAGGCUAGACGUAAUCCAAAAAGAGCGACCAGGACAAGAGUCAAGAAAGAAAUCAAGGAGGAGGAUUCUGAUGACUGA